AUGGCAUCAAAAAUAUUUUUCGAUCGUUGUUGUAAUCCAUUUGAUUUAGAAUCACAUUUUAAAAAAAAAAGUUUACGUCCAGCGACUGACAUCAUGAUAGUCACGUUGGGAUUAAGUGAUAAUUAUUUAUUAUGCAGUCCGUGUCGAAACAAAGCUUUAAAAUUGGUAAAGGAACAAACAAAUACUAGUAAUGAUACUACCGUUGAUGCAAGUGAUCAUGAAGAUGAUUCUAGUGAUAACAAUGAGAACAGUGAUGGUGCUGACAGUGAUAGUAACACAACUGCCACAGAUCUCCCGUUGUCCUCAUCAUUCCGUUCCUUGUCGUUUAAUAGUGAACCCAAAGAUUCACAAUCAAGCUCGGCAUCCCAAGUUAGUGCUGCAACUCAAUUACCCAGUAUAAACGAUGCAUUGCGACUAUUAAAUCAAUCGCCAAUUCCUUCAAAAAAAUUGAAUGAUUAUCAAUUUUUGAGUAAUAAAAUAAAUCAGACGUCUGACAGCUUGAAAAAAAUUUUGCUCUCAACUGCUGACGAAGGAUCAAUUGAUGACGAUGGUGAAAAUUUUCGUUCAUUAAUUGAAAAGCUGCACGAUAAAUUCAAUGAUAAAGAAACAGAAAAGUCUUUAAAGAUACAAAUCUUAACCUUGUUACCUGAAAAAUGGGGUGAAAGACGUAUUUGUAAAACUAUGAAUACAUCAAGACAUUUAUCAAAAGUAGCAAAAAAGUUGGUUGAAGAAAAAGGUAUACUUUCAACACCUGAAACAAAAUUAGGGACGACAAUUACUGAUCAAAUAUUAUUGAAAAUUGCGAAUUUUACAACGAUGAUGAGUAUAGUGCUUUGA